GAUCCUUUUAGGGCCAUGUUCACUGGUGGGAUGAGGGAAACCAACCAAGACGUGAUAGAGUUGAAAGGAGUCUCUGCCAAGGGCUUAAAGCACAUCAUAGAGUUUGCCUACAGUGCCGAAGUCACCCUUGACCUUGACUGCAUCCAGGAUGUGCUGGGAGCGGCUGUCUUCCUGCAGAUGGUACCCGUGGUGGAGCUGUGCGAGGAGUUCCUGAAAUCGUCCAUGAGUGUUGAGACCUGCCUUAACAUUGGGCAAAUGGCCACCACCUUCAGCCUUGCCUCCUUGAAGGAGUCCGUCGAUGCCUUCACCUUCCGGCAUUUCCUUCAGAUUUCUGAGGAAGAAGACUUCCUCCACCUCCCUUUGGAACGACUCGUCUUCUUCCUUCAGAGCAACAAGCUCAAGAGCUGCAGUGAGAUCGACCUUUUCCGGGCUGCCAUCCGGUGGCUACAGUACGACCCAACACGCUGCAGCAGUGCCAGCCAGGUCCUCUGCCACAUUCGCUUCCCGCUCAUGAAAUCUUCGGAGCUGGUGGACAGUGUCCAAACCUUUGACAUCAUGGUGGAGGACGUUUUGUGCCGGCAGUACCUCCUAGAAGCUUUCAACUAUCAAAUAUUGCCUUUUCGGCAGCAUGAGAUGCAGUCUCCCAGAACUGCAAUCCGCUCCGAUGUCCUUUCUCUCAUAGCUUUCGGUGGCACCCCGUACACCGAUAACGAUAGGACCGUAAGUGGCAAAGUCUACUAUUUGCCCGAUAGCAGCACACGCCAAUUCAAGGAGCUGACAGAGAUGGAGGUGGGAACUAGCCACACCUGUGUGGCUGUCCUAGAUAACUUUAUUUACGUGGUUGGGGGACAGCAUCUGCAGUACCGCAGCGGUGAGGGAGCCCUUGACAUCUGCUACCGCUACGAUCCCCACCUCAACCAGUGGCUGCGCAUUCAGGCAAUGCAGGAGAGCAGGAUCCUGUUUCAGCUGAACGUGCUGUGUGGCAUGGUCUAUGCCACAGGAGGCAGGAACAGAUCCGGCAGCUUGGCAUCCGUGGAAAAAUAUUGCCCCAGAACCAAUGAAUGGAGCUAUGUUUGCCCCCUCAAACGCAGGACAUGGGGCCACGCGGGGGCCACAGUGGGAGGCAAGCUGUACAUAUCAGGCGGGUAUGGAAUAUCCGUGGAGGACAAGAAAGCCUUGCAUUGCUAUGACUCUGGCCUGGAUCAGUGGGAGUUCAAAGCUCCCAUGAACGAACCACGUGUCUUGCAUGCGAUGGUCAGCACCAAUAAUAAGGUUUAUGCCCUGGGGGGCCGCAUGGACCAUGUCGACCGUUGCUUUGAUGUCUUGGCCGUGGAGUAUUACCUACCAGAAGCCAACCAGUGGACAAUGGUAAGUCCCAUGCGGGUAGGACAAUCUGAAGCUGGCUGUUGCUUGCUAGAGAAGAAGAUCUACGUGGUGGGGGGAUACAACUGGCACCUGAACAACGUCACCAGCAUCGUGCAGGUGUAUAACACGGAGACGGAUGAAUGGGAGAGAGACCUCCACUUCCCGGAAUCGUUUGCUGGGAUUGCUUGCGCACCGGUGAUUCUACCACAGCCAACAGCCUGGAGGUGACUAUCGAAAACUACCCGGUCUUCUGAACCAUCCUGUGCAUGCUCUUGCCUGGCUUGUUUUGCAAAAUAAAGUUGUGUAUUCAUGGCAGACAAGUGAACUCUUCUGCCUACACUCUCUUGGGGUUUUUUUGUAUUCCAGCAGCCCUUUUCGACUCUGUUGGGAAUGGGAGUGUGAUAUGGAAGACUGUCCUGAGUAGGGAACCUUCUCAAGAAGCAGCGGUGGUGCACAGUCCGGUUUCUCUUCCCUAACAAUAUCACAUCUGCAGACGUUCAAUAAUCUUUUU